AAUAGAGGCGGCGACUACAAGCCGCAGGCCGCCCCGGCCUUCAUCCAACGACAUCCAAUUGCAAGCCAGAUACAAGACGAGUGAUUGUCGAGAAGGCCAAUUAGGUCCUUCAGAGGAAAUCAGGCCCAGCCUCUUUCUCUGAGAGACGGGUCUACCUACCAGUAGCAUGGGCGAGAAGGCGGGCCCUUCGCUAAGGAGGAGGCGGGUGAAGCGGAGCUGCCCUUCCUGUGGCCCGGAGCCCGGGGGUGAAGAGAAGAAGGGCAGAGGGAACCCUGUUUCUGUUCAGUUGUUCCCCCCAGAGCUGGUGGAGCAUAUCAUCUCCUUCCUCCCUGUCAGAGACGUGAUCGCCCUGGGCCGGACCUGCCACUACUUCCACCAAGUGUGCGAUGCCGAGGGCGUGUGGAGACGUAUCUGUCGCAAGCUCAGUCCCCGCCUCCGAGAGCAGGGGUCCGGGGUCCGGCCCUGGAAGAGAGCCGCCAUUCUUAACUACACCAAGGGACUGUAUUUCCAGGCCUUUGGAGGCCGCCGCCGGUGUCUCAGCAAGAGCGUGGCCCCUCUGCUAGCCCAUGGCUACCGCCGCUUCCUGCCCACCAAGGAUCACGUCUUCAUUCUUGACUAUGUGGGGACGCUCUUCUUCCUCAAAAAUGCCCUGGUCUCCUCCACCCUUGGCCAAAUCCAGUGGAAGCGGGCCUGCCGCUAUGUUGUAUUGUGUCGUGGAGCCAAGGAUUUCGCCUCAGACCCAAGAUGUGACACGGUUUACCGGAAGUACCUCUACGUCCUGGCCACUCGAGAGCAGACGGGAGUGGUUGGUGCAACCGGCAACCGGGCCUGUGACUGUGUUGAGGUCUAUCUGCAGUCCAGCGGGCAGCGAGUCUUCAAGAUGACCUUCCACCACUCCAUGAGCUUCAAACAGAUCGUGCUGGUAGGGCAGGAGACCCACCGGGCGCUGCUGCUCCUCACAGAGGAAGGCAAGAUCUACUCUUUGGUAGUGAAUGAGACCCAGCUAGAUCAGCCCCGCUCCUACACCGUCCAGCUGACCCUGCGGAAGGUGUCCCGCUGCCUGCCUCACCUGCGUGUGACCUGCAUGGCCUCCAACCAGAGCAGUACCCUCUACAUCACGGACCAGGGUGGAGUGUAUUUUGAGGUGCAUACCCCAGGGGUGUAUCGUGAUCUCUUUGGGACCCUUCAAGCCUUUGACCCCCUGGACCAGCAGAUGCCACUUGCUCUCUCACUGCCUGCCAAGAUCCUAUUCUGUGCUCUUGGCUAUAAUCAUCUUGGCCUGGUGGAUGAAUUUGGCCGAAUCUUUAUGCAGGGAAAUAACCGAUACGGGCAGCUGGGAACAGGGGACAAAAUGGACCGAGGGGAACCCACGCAGGUACAUUAUCUGCAAUGCCCGAUUGCCAUGUGGUGCGGCCUCAACCACUCCCUGGUGCUGAGCCAGAGCUCGGACUUCAGCAAGGAACUGCUGGGCUGCGGCUGUGGGGCUGGAGGCCGCCUCCCCGGCUGGCCUAAGGGAAGCGCCUCCUUCGUCAGGCUCCACGUCAAGGUCCCCCUGUGUGCCUGCUCCCUCUGCUCCACCAGAGAGUGCCUCUACAUGCUGUCCAGCCACGACAUCGAGCACCAUCCCGCCUAUCGGGACCUGCCAGCCAGCAGGACCCCAGAGCCCACGGGGGCCUGUGCAUCGCAGGACCCCGGGGGGGCUGCCCGGGCCUGCAAGGAGUACCUCAUCCAGAUCGACAGCUGCCCCACGCUGCAGGAGCGCAUGGAGAAGAUGCGGGAGAUCGUGGGCUGGAUGCCCUUAAUGGCCGCACAGAAGGAUUUCUUCUGGGAGGCCUUGGACAUGCUGCAGAGGGCAGCUGGCGGGGGCCGCCCAGGCUCCCCGACCCAUGAGAGCUGACUCCCCACGCCCGGCCUCACCCUGAGACGGGGCCACAGGCUAAGGGGAGGCCGGCUGGUGGUAAUGAAUGCUGUGUGUGGGGAGGGGUCUCAGGGUGGGGACUGCUGACCAUGCCAGGGUAGGGCAAGGACCUCUUUUAUAAAAUGUUCCGGGGGCUGCCCAGGAGGGGCCCCCUACCCGACUAUCAUGGACGAGAGAUUUAAUGGACAAAUAGAAUAAACGACUCGAGUGAGGCCCAGUCUGGAGCCCUGGGGCCUAGGGGUCAUCACAGAUAGAGGAAGGGGGCCGAUGCCUGUCUCAGCGGGUGACGGAGGGCAGGACCGGCGCCAGCCAUCAGCUGCUGCAGAGCCGCCAGCACCUGCCUCCCUUCCCGCUCUGCAGACCCCAGCCAGUCCGAGGGGCUUGGACGUCCUAACCCCACCUUCUGGGGCCACUCGGUGAACACACACUAUCUGGGCCCAUGGCUCCAGGCCUCUGUCUCCUGGACGUGUCCCCACCCCCAGGAGACCACAUCUUCCACUCAUCUGCCUUCGCUCUCGGGGAGCCAGCCCCUCCCUUCCCCUUGUUCCACUCCCUUCCACAGCACCUCAUGCCUCCCGACCCCACUCCUGACUUUCAAAUAGUUAGAAACAGGAGUGAGCAGAAUUCGUCCUCCCUGGCCAGGUCUCCCACUGGCCCAGGCCUGGAGAGACGGCAGUAGAAGUGGAAAACAGGCCGGGGGCGGCAGGGGUGGCCAGGAAGGAGGUGAAUGGUUCGGGGUGGGAGUCCUGUGAGGGACUUGGUGCUGCGGAAG